UUGUAAGCAGCAGCCUGAGCCAUACCACUCCAGCUCUCUGGAUACACAGCUGCUUCGGGUUUUGUUUGACAGACGUCCAGGCACGGGAAAUCUUUGGAGACAAAAAUCAAGCUCCAUGAUGUACGCGCACUAACCCCGAGGCCGCGCUGGAGCAUGGAGCUUGUGUGGGUGCAGCAUGAGUUUGAGUACACAGCGAGGGACGGUCGCCUCGUGUCCAUCAGGCCCAAUGAAAGCUACAUCCUGGUCUCCAAGACGAACGAGCACUGGUGGCACGUGCGCACGGACCAGCACACCAAGCCCUUCUACAUCCCUGCGCAGUAUGUGAGGGAGCUCCCGUCACAUCCCGGAGACUCUCCUGGUCCUAAGAAGCGGCACUCAGCCGGGUGUGUUACUGACAGUAAGCCAGUGGAUGCUGCUGAUAAAGCACCGCAUAAAGCAACGCCGGUCAUCUGCGUAACAGCUCAGGAUGCUUCACGAGAGACACAGCGGUUCUCCACUUUUGGUUUCUGUGAGAGCACACCAGACGCCGGGCCCCGUGAGACUCUGAACGAAGGACAGACUACGCCGGGCGAUGCAGAGGCUCACGUUUUAGCGGGAAGCCUUUCGCUCACCUCAGCACCUCUGAGGACUGACCGCCUGCAGCUGUACGCAAAACCCCAUCCUGUGCCAAAGGUUGGGAAUGGACAGCAGCAGCCAAAAAGCCCACCGCUGGAUGAAGACGUAGAACAGACGCAGACUCUUGCGGACGAUGAGGAUGUGAUCUUCCCUUCACCCCCUAAUUCACCCAUAUAUGACACCAUACCAGAGCUAAACGUCCCAGAAUUCGACUCGUUUUCCGAGCUGCCUAGUCCUGUCGCUCCGGACGACAUAUCAGCAUGGCGGCAGCGGAGUUUGAAUCCAACUGCAGAGGCAACGUCUUCUACAAGCGCACUUCCCAUUGAGCAGGUGGAGAAUGAAAGUCUCCGGUCAGCGAUCUACGUCAAUGUAGCACAGCUUCACCAAAGCAUCUCUCAGUCUCCCCCCUCAGCUCCUUCGUCCUACUCUCCCUCCUACCUUGACACAGAGGGAUGGGAGGUGCACACUGACCAGGAAAGUGGACAGGAGUACUACUACCAUCCCGCCACGGGGCACACCACCUGGGACAAUCCCUUUCUAGACUCCCCCACGGACCCCGAGCCUCUCCCUGCGGAGGAGCCUUGCUCCCCCUCACCUCCCCAGUCACCUGCCCUCACUCCGUCCACCGCCUCCCCUCCGGCGUGGACCUCAGACUGGGAGCAGUUGGUGGAUGAGACCAGCGGUCGCCCAUACUUCUACAACCCGAUGUCCGGGGAAACUUCCUGGGAGCCUCCAGAGCAGCUGAGCCCGUAUCCCCCGCUGAUGGAGCCUAUGAGCGUGCACAGGUUUCACGAGGACGGGCCGCCUCCUCUACCCGAGGAGGACUACCCCUCGGAGGAUUACCCGGCUGCUAAUCAACCAGAGAUCUACGAGGAGGUCCUUACCGGGAGAACCCCCACCCUCCCUAAAGAGUACACAUUCAGCCAUUUGAGCCGGACCGUCAUCCCCAGGGCCAACCUGGACCGCAGUACCCCGACUGGCUGGAAUCUCACUGUGGAACCGAACGGGACCUGGGUGUUCACCAGUGAACACUCUCCAGAUCAGUGGAUCAAGUCUGUGGAUGAGCGAGGGCAGACCUACUACUACCUGAGAGGCGGCUCCAGGUCUCAGUGGAACCUGCCUGAGGCCCCUGUAGCUCCUGGUCAGUCCAGGAUGGAGAACGGUGUUGAGGUGGAAAACUUGUCGGUCAUUAAAAACUGGAGACACACCAUGGGACCUGCUCAGCUCAGCUCAGCCCAGGAUGAUGGGAGGUUCGUCCCAACUCACAGGAGGAACACGUCAGACUACAGCAGCGACAGCUCCAGUACAGGAAACUCUCCAGAGACGCAGCAUAACGUGCAGAACUUAGAGAAAGCCGGAAUUCUCAACAAAACAAAAGUGUGUGAGAACGGCAAGAAAGUAAGGAAAAACUGGGCCCAGACGUGGACGGUUCUCCACGGAGGGGUGCUGACGUUCCACAAGGACCCAAAGUCUGCGGCAACAGGGGCCUCGAACAAGACCAAUCAGAUAGUUCCAGAGGUCACGGUGGACCUGCGAGGGGCGACGAUUGGCUGGGCCUCGAAGGACAAGUCCAGCAAAAAGAACGUUUUGGAGUUAAAAGGCAAGAGCGGCGUCGAGUUUCUGAUACAGUACGACACCGAGAGCAUCAUCAGUGACUGGCACAAAGUCUUAACGGACACCAUACGGCAACUGGAGUACCAGGACCAUCACUCAGAGGAGGAGGACGGGGACUUAUACGAGAAGAUCGCCGUCACGGAGCGAGAUGACAAGUCUGGAGGUGGCGUAGAAAAGCGAAGGACCACUAGGACAAAUGUCACCCACUCAUCCAGCUCUGCGGCGGACGCAGACCAGAAGCGGGUUCGAACCAAGCUGAUGAAGUUCCUCAUGAAACGCCCAACACUGCAGUCUGUCAAGGAGAAAGGCUACAUUCGAGAUAACGUGUUUGGUUGCCAUCUGGCCACGCUGUGUGCACAGGAGAGGACCACAGUUCCUAGUUUUGUGGAGAGAUGCAUCAAAGCAGUAGAAAAGAGAGGUCUAGACAUUGAUGGACUCUAUAGAGUGAGUGGGAACCUCGCUGUCAUUCAGAAACUGCGCUUCAAGGCCGAUCACGAGGAGCUGGACCUCGAGGACGGCCAGUGGGAGGACGUUCAUGUCAUCACCGGAGCGCUGAAGUUGUUUUUCCGAGAGCUUUCCGAGCCGCUUUUCCCGUACAGUCACUUCAAUAACUUCAUCGCGGCCAUCAGAAUUCCUGAUUACAACACAAAAGUGUGUUGCAUGCACGACCUGGUCAGAUCACUUCCACCUCCAAAUCAUGACACCAUGGAACUUCUUUUUGGGCAUUUACGCAGGGUCAUACAGUAUGGGGAGGACAAUCGCAUGACCGUGCAGAACGUGGCAAUAGUCUUUGGCCCGACGCUGCUUCGGCCGGAGACGGAGUCGUCCAACAUCGCGAUGCACAUGGUGUUUCAGAACCAGAUAGUGGAGUUCAUUCUGAACGAAUAUGAGCAUAUCUUCCGCUCCAGCUAAAGCAGACUCACAGCCCCCCCCCUCCACUGCGGACCUGGUCAAACGUCUGAACGUGCCCGAGUUAUCUGAAGUGCCAAGACUUACCCUUGCAGGCACAUAAAUAGCUUCAGUGCAACACCUGAAAAUGAAACUUUACUUUUUGUAAAAUAAGUUAAAGGGCUCCUCAAGUUUUCUCUUUGCUCAGAAUAUUUGAAGUUGAACCACUUCAAACUAGAUAAAGGGAUCUUCAAAUAGUCUUUGCUGAGAAUCAUUGAAGCAUGUUUAACCACUGUUUUGUCCAGGCUUACGCCACCAGGGGCGCACACUGUUAGAAUUAUCGUUGGCAGUAUUGUAGGAUUAGAAGUUGAGCUGCACAGGUUGAAACAGGUGUGGUUUGGUUUCCCGACCCAGAGCUGUUGAGCUUGUUUUUCGGGUGGACUGUGUCAGUCUGCUCUCGCCCCCUGACAUUGUAGCUGUCUUAAUCUCACAAGUCACUUUCUGAAAUGUUUCAGUUUUAAUUGUUUGUUUUUAUGUUUGGUUUGUCUAAAUCGCAGUUAUGAUAGAACCCAACUCAAACCUGGACGGACGCAUUAAUACUCUCUUUAAGACAUGAUCAAUGAUUGCUCCCUACUUUACUUUAGAAAGUUUAACGACUUUUAAAUAUUCUUUUGGAUUUGAAAUUGAAGCAUCUCACACAUUGCGAUAACUGAGAUUGUAUUCUAAUAUGGCAUUUUUGUUUUUCAGUUUCAUUUUUACCAAUGAAUUAUUUUAUUGUAAUAUAGAAAUGUACAAAAAAAGAAACAUUAAUACCAGUGUCUUGGCGUGAAGUAGAUGGUGACAUAGAAUACUUGUGCAACUCAUAGGUUAUUUUCCAAUGAAUUGUAAAACACGAUUUUUCAAUCAUGUUGUAUGUGAAGGAACUGUAAAAUAACAACAUAGAAAUAUAAAUAAGUAAUACAUCUGUUUGACAGUUGGCAGUAAAGUCAGUCUGUCCAUGAAACAAAAGUGGAUAAUAGAAGAGAUUUAUGUCUUGUAAAUAGAGAUAGAUGGCAUAUUUAUGCUGAAAGUUGUUGGAAAUGCAAAAGUUAUUCAGUAAUAA